AUGGAACGGUUGCUUCGCUUAACCGGUUUUAAUAGUGUACCGAAAGCAGCGCCUCAGGAUGUGCUGAAACAUCCGGAUACCGGUGAAACCCUCUAUCUGUCAUCACUUGCUCUUCUUAAAAUGCUUCGACACGGUCGAGCUGGUGUUCCAAUGGAGGUAAUGGGAUUAAUGCUGGGCGAAUUUGUCGAUGAUUUUACGAUCACUGUUGUUGAUGUAUUCGCUAUGCCACAGUCUGGAACAACCAAAAUGCUCGAUAUGCUAAGUCGUACGGGACGAACUGAGAUGGUUGUAGGUUGGUAUCAUUCACAUCCAGGAUUCGGUUGUUGGUUAUCCGGUGUUGAUAUUGCUACACAGCGAAGUUUUGAAGCGCUCAGUGAUCGUGCUGUUGCACUCGUGAUCGAUCCAAUACAAUCGGUAAAAGGAAAGGUAGUAAUCGAUGCAUUUCGUACUAUUGGACCAAAUUCGUUGGAAUUCAGUUUUCUGGAAGGUGUCCAAAAGACACUGGCACCUACUCAAGAAUCACGACAAACCACUUCUAAUUUAGGACAUCUGAUAAAGCAUUCCGUUAUUGAGCAGCUUCAUGGACUUGGCAAAAGCUAUUAUUCAAUAACGAUAAACUUCAAGCUAACAGUUAAAGAGCAACAAAUGCUGCAAAGCUUACAUAUGAAAAAUUGGGCAGAGGGAUUACGACUGAAUAGUUUCGAGAGUGUAAUAGAAAAUAAUUUAGCAAACAUGCAGGAAAUGGUUAAAAUGAUCAAACUUUAUAACAAAGAAUUAUGUGCAUUACCGAAAAAGUCACAUAAUGAAAAAGGAACGGAAAGUAAAACGGAGUCGUCGAAAGGGAUGGAAAGUAGAACAGAGAAGUCAAAAGCACCAUCAAAAGCUGAAAUUGAAGCAAAGCAAGUUGGUCAUUUCGAUCCAAAACGACAUCUGGCGACAAUUGCCAAUGACCUGAUGAAGGACAACAUCGUGCAUGAAUUGCGCUCCAUGAUCGAUGCUACCGCUUUUCAGUAA